CUGACGCCUCUGCAAUAACCCUCAUUAGGAUGGCUCAGUCAGAUAUUCCAAACACAGUUCCUUUCUUCUCGUCUCCGCACGAAAGGCCAUAUAAGGUCGGUGACCUCCGCUCUUCGAUCCUCAUUCGAUUUCUCCCUCUCCUCGACACAAACUGCCCUCCCUACCCAAACUCGCCGGACUAGGUCGUCUUACUUCCACGGCCUUCACACAAACUCCCUGAAUACAAAUGAGCGCCAAGAUUGUCCCUCGUCCGAGUCAGGAGCGCGGCCACGCCGACCACGGGUGGCUGAAGACUUUCCACACUUUCAACUUUGCGUCAUACUACGAUUAUGAACACGAGAAAUUCGGCUCGCUCCGUGUCAUCAAUGAAGAUCGUGUCUCUCCGCGCACCGGUUUCGGCACGCACUCGCAUCGAGAGUUCGAGAUCUUUUCUUAUGUGGUGUCGGGACAGCUUGAGCACAAAGACUCUAUGGGCAACACAGAGAUCCUCAAGCGCGGUGACCUCCAGCUCACAUCCGCGGGCACAGGCAUCUCGCAUUCAGAGAAGACGUAUGGCCCAGAGCAGGUCCACUUCCUCCAGAUCUGGUCUCUGCCGCGCGUCGCACGUCUCACGCCCAAAUACUUCACGCGCCACUUCUCGGACGACGAGAAGCGGGACCAGUGGGUGCGCGUGGUGGCGCCUGUGGAUGCCGAGGGCGUGCUGAAGGACAGCCGGGAGGGGAAGAGCCCGGCGCCGGUGCAGAGCGCGCUGACGCUCUAUGCGACGUUGCUUUCCGAGGGUAAGAGUCUGACGCAGAGCGUGAAGGGGUCGAAGGGAUACAUGCAUGUUGUGCAGACAAGUGGAUACAACACAGGCUCUGCGACGGGCUCGGGUGUAAAGGCGAGCGUUGGGGGCGAAGAGGUGGUACUUCGGGAGGGUGAUGGGGCGUACAUGCACUUUGAGGGACCGGGUGAUAUUGUCGUCGAGAACAUCGGGGACAAGACUGCCGAGGUCUUGUUCUUUGACAUCGAGUAGAAAAAGAGCUCUCAGACUAUCAUCCAUUUGGCUUCGUCUAGCAGGCUCUCAACAUGUAUUAUGUUCGCAGUAACAUGUAUGUCCCAGUAUCUGUGAGGAUUCUCCGUGAGAUUUUCACAUGCGUCGCGUAGCGCAGCAUCUCAUCCAGGCCGCAAGCGAAGUAAAAGGUGUGUGAUCGGACUCCUCAAUAUGAAACUGGACUUGGACCAAUUGCAAUGACCGGCCAGUGCUGGACGUUUCAGGCAGUAUUGAUCGAUGAAAG